CGAAGGAACCAGAAGGCGAACACUGUGGAAAAUACUAAGGAUUCCCGAACAGAGAUUCUCAAAACACGUGAGGGUUCUGUCGGCCGACCUCCCUCAGGAACGUCCUCAUGGCGGGCACGUGUGGAAUCUAAUGGCAUUAGUGAUUUUGGCAGUCAUGACAUAUCAUUAUCAUACGAAGUAGCAAGGCCUUCGCCCACUCGCGUUGAUAGCUGCCAUGAGAAUGGUACCCCUCCCCGUGGCUAUUUGUUGCGUGAAAAAGGAUCAUUAGCAGGCUCAGGAGACCGAGUGAAUAGGCCUUCUAUGUCUGGCGUUGCUGCCCGUGUGCUAUCGGCUUUGCCGCCGAUCUAUCUACGAGAUGAUCACCACGAGAAGUACGAUACGUUAGCUGUGCGUUUACUAGCUGAGAGUAUCAAAUGUAGGGAUUCUACGAAUGGAUCGAGUCCCAAUAGGGUUUGGAGUCCUUAUUACAGAGCUCUCAACAUUGGCGCUUCUCCGGCUGCCACCGCCACCACACCGGUGCUCGAAAGGUUGUUCAAUCAGACUGUGGCUGGAUGGAACGCCGGAAACAGCUUAGACUCUCCGUCACGUGCUGGAGCAAAUGCCACGCAUGUGGAAAAGGCUUCAUCGAUGAUGACACCGUCAUCAGUAGGUUCGAAUCAAUUGGAAGCAGCACCGUUUCUCUUUGAGGAAGAUCAUCUGUGGAAUUCUGCUUCUCCCGCCGGGAACCUGGAUAAUUUCCCCUUUUCAAGAGAGGCGUCUCCCGCAAGUUCAUGUAACAGCGAUGAUCCCGUGGACGUCAGCCCAACUUCUUUUGAAUGGACAAUACCACCUGCAAAGAGUGAUAUCUUCGAUGUAAUGAACGCUAAG